ACUCCUCAUUUUGCACUCAAUCACUAGCAAUGGUCAAAUACAUGAAGAGUGGUAAAUAAUAUAAAAAAAAAAUUGUGAUUGGUUGAAAGGGGUUGGAGCCCACCAUUAACCCUCUCUCUCCCACCUCUCUCUUCUUCACCGAGUCGGUGAAUACUCACCACCCACACCACCUCUCUCCUCUUCCCCGAUCCAACAGAGGGGGUGGGGUGGGGGCCUGGUGAUGCUUGUUAUCGUCUACAUCAUGUAUGUAACAUAUUCCUAUUUUGACAUGCAUACGGAAAAUACUAAUGAAUAAAAAAACGAGCUGCUAUGCUAUGUGUUCGGUUCAGUGGUGGACCCAGAAAUUAUUUGCUGAGAGCGCGGAUGAGGUGUUCAACCAUAUUUUCAACGGGUGCGGUCGGGUUUUGUGCCUAAAAUAUACACUAAAUUUUUUUUUUCAAGGGGUGCGGCGGCGGCCCACCCUGGCCAAAGGGUAGGUCCGCCCUGGCUCGGUUAUCAAUGAUUCUCACAUGUUACCUACCAGUGGUCCAUGAAGGGACGCAAUAAUGAAUGAAAUUUAGCAUGUGUACAAGCAAUUCAUUAGGCCUACAUUUUUAUUGCACUGGCUUUGAACUUUGUAGAACAUGGAGACUCUUGGAAGCGUUAGCACUCUCCGGAGCCGGAGAAUAAUAUUGUUUCCGCUACCUUUUCAGGGUCAUAUCAAUCCCAUGCUUCAGCUAGCAAACAUUCUUCACACCCGCGGUUUCAAAAUUACCAUUAUACACGCCGAAUACAACUCUCCUAAUCCUUCUAACUAUCCUCACUUCGCCUUUAAGCCCAUCAAGGACCGCUUUUCUGAGAUCGCUGACCAGUUGGCUACGAACCGAGACGGUACCUAUUUUGCUAGGUACUUAAACAAAAGCUGUGUAGAUUCGUUUAUUGAUUGUCUAGCUGAGUUGUUGGCAGAACCCGGUGAAGAACGGGUUGCUUGUGUAAUCACAGAUGCGUGUUUCUACUUCACGCAGGCGGUGGCAGAUGACUUGAAGCUACCUCGGAUAGUGCUCCGGACUAGCGGUCUCGGUUGCACCCUUGCCUGUGACGCUUUACCCUUUUGCUCUAAAAAAGCUUGCUUUUACCUUACCAAACAAGAUUCAGAUUAUGAAGCAUCAGUGCCAGAAUUUCCACUUUUGAAAUUUAAAGACAUCACAAAUAUCACAAUCAACCCACAAGGUAUGGGGGACUUAACCUCCAACAUUCUUAACCAGAUGAGGGCAUCAUCAGGGAUUAUAUGGAACACAUUCAAAGAACUCGAAGAAUCUGAUCUAGAAACUCUCUCCCAAGAUUUUCAAGUUCCGAGCUUCACUUUAGGUCCAUUCCACAAGUAUUUCCCAGCAUCUGGGAGUAGCUUGAUCGAACAAGACCGCACUAUUCUCUCAUGGCUAGACAAACAACCACCCAAGUCAGUAGUAUAUGUUAGUUUUGGAAGCGUUGCACAUAUAACCAAGUCAGAAUUUCAAGAAGUGGCGCAUGGGUUGGCUAAUAUGGGUUUGCCAUUUUUGUGGGUGGUUCGACCAGGGAUGGUUGUUGGUUCAGAAUGGUUGGAGGCAUUGCCCGAAAAAUUCCUAGAAAGAAUGGGCGAGAGGGGACGCAUAGUGAAAUGGUCUCCUCAACAAGAAGUACUAGCUCAUCCGGCAACAGGGUGUUUUUGGACUCAUAAUGGAUGGAAUUCAACAUUAGAGAGCAUAUGUGAAGGUGUUCCCAUGAUUUGUUCCCCAUGUUUGGCCGACCAACCAAUAAAUGCAAGAUAUGUGAGUGACGUUUGGAAGAUUGGCGUAUUGUUGGAAGAUGGGUUUGAAAGGGUUGGAAUCAAGAUGGCGAUUAAACGUGUAAUGAUGGAUAAAGAAGGAGAAGAAAUGCGUGAGAGAGUAAGUUCUCUUAAGGAGAAGGUAAACCUCUCCCUCACUGAAGGUGGCUCUUCUUGUCAGUCUUUAAACAACUUAGUUGAUUAUAUUUCGUCGUUCUGACUACAAAAAUAUAAGUUACAACACUCCAUAUAUGCAGGAAAAAUUCACAAAGAACUGGUUAUAUCAAGUAAUCCUUUUCUUUUUCAUUUAAUGGAGAGAGCUGUAACGAGAGACCUGUAUCUUCAAAUGAUUUCAAUUUCAAAUAAAAGACCUCUAGUGACUUGCUUCUUA